AUGGUAUCCGAAUAUUCAACUUGGUUGGCCAACAUUGUUCCGGUUCCAAAGAAAGACAGCAGAAUCAAAGUUCGUGUCGGCUUCAGGGAUUUGAAUAAGGCUAGUCCUAAGGACGAAUUUCUAUUGCCACACAUUGAUGAGUUGGUAGACUUCACCACCGGCUAUGCCUUAUUUUCGUUCAUGGAUGGGUUUUCGAGGUACAACCAGAUCUUGAUGGUGCGAGAGGACAAAGAACGCCAUGGGUUGGUUAAAGGAAGAGCAGUAGCAGAAUUUCUAGCAGACCGCCCAGUUAAGGGAGAUGAAGAUAUAGAGUACUUGUUCCCCGAUGAGGAGAUCUUGCAGGUAGAAGAAGAGACGUGGAAAAUGUACUUUGAUGGAACGGCUAACCAGUACGGUUAUGGAAUAAACGUGUUGCUUAUAGCACCUGAUGAUUCCCAUAUACCCCUAGCUUUCAAACUCCAUUUCAAAAUAUCCAACAAUGAAACAGAGUACAAGGCGUGUAUUACUGGAUGA